CAGUGAAGCUGUGAAGGUCGUAGUCAUAAUGACGUCCAAUGUCCGUGUGAGACGCACCGAUGGUUUAUUCACUCUCAAAAUAUCGAUACCGUGAUGUUCACGACACAUGGAGCCGAACUGGUUCUGGGUUCCAGAGAGACCGACGUUGCAUUUCUCAAUGGAUCGACUGAGUUUUCACCAACUAUAACCACAGAGGUGCCCAAAAGUAAUGAGUCUUGUGGAGAGCAGCAGACCCUGGACUUGGACUUGACUAAGAGCAUCAUCAUUGGUAUAAUGCUGAGCACCAUCACGGCGAUCACUGUCAUGGGUAACACUCUGGUUGUCAUCGCGGUUUGUGUUGUGAAAAAACUCAGACAGCCAUCAAACUAUUUACUGGUAUCUCUUGCCGUAGCAGAUCUGUCUGUAGCUGUAGUAGUGAUGCCUUUUGUGAUAGUGACUGACCUGACCGGAGGCGUCUGGCUGUUUGGAGAGGUUUUCUGCAAUAUUUUUAUUGGAAUGGAUGUCAUGUGCUGUACGGCAUCCAUAAUGACAUUAUGUGUGAUCAGUGUGGAUAGAUACCUUGGAAUCACUCAACCUUUGACUUACCCCGCGAGACAGAAUGGACAGCUGAUGGCCAAGAUGAUAGUGGGUGUCUGGUUAAUGUCGGCAUCCAUCACUUUACCUCCGUUCUGUGGCUGGGCUCAAAACAUCAACACGGCUGGUAUGUGUCUGAUCAGUCAGGAUGUGGGCUAUACGCUCUACUCCACAGCUGUGGCUUUCUACAUCCCAAUGGUGGUCAUGCUUUUCAUGUAUUACAAGAUUUUUAAAGCUGCCCGCAAAAGUGGCGCCAAACAUCACUUUACGGCCCUCACCCCAAUUCAGCUGGCGUGUCCUGGCCCGGCGUCAGAUGGGGUCGAGGGACUCUGCAUGAACGGGUUGAAGAACGCCACAGCGACCGAGCAGUUCUCCACCCUCUCCUGCCUGUUGAACCGCGAACGCCGGAGCGCCUCCAUAUUCAGACGGGAACAGAAGGCAGCCACCACUCUUGGGGUGAUCAUGGGCGUCUUUUCGUUCUGCUGGUUGCCGUUUUUCCUCUUCACUACAGCACGGCCGUUCAUCUGUGGACUGCUUUGCAACUGCGCCCCUGUCUGGCUGGAGCGGGUACUGCUGUGGUUGGGGUACACCAACUCGCUGAUGAACCCUUUCAUUUAUGCAUACUUUAAUCGAGACCUGCGUUCAACCUAUAAAGACCUGCUUCGAUGUCGCUACCGAAACAUCAACCGUCGACUUUCGGCUAUGGGAGUGCAUGAGGCUCUAAAACUUUAAAAUGGUCACGGUCACACCUUGCUUAAAGCUCAAAGUCUUCUCAGUAAAGGCCCUUUCUCAUGGCUCAUGUUGAUUACUCUAUGGAGCAUAAUGUCAACCACGAUUGCAUUAUGCGUGGUGUUGCAUUGUAUGCUGGUCAAGUGUUUUCAUGUGGAGUUCAAACAACUUUGGCAGUAACCAUCUGAUUCACUAUUUUGUGAACGGAGGUGAUGCGACAUAACUGAUGCUGGUAGGUCGCAUGACAACAUGGUGAAUGCAGUAUCGUUAAUGAAGGAUAGAUAAGUAGACGGUUUCAUCUGACGCAGGUGCGUUGUCACGGUUAGAUCCCUGGCCCUGAGUUGACUUAGGGUAUGUGUUUGUUUAUCAGUCUGGCUAGUGGUUAAACCGACCACUGGAACAAAUACCUUGUUGAAAAUAAAAAGUUUUUUUAAAGAUGAGGAGGGACGGCAAACAUGGAUCAUGUACUGUACGAAGAGAGGUUUGGCAGCCAGACAAAAAAAUGCAAAGAUCUGCACUGUAAAAAAAUUCUGUAUAAAUUACAGUAUUACUGGGUAUUACUGGCAACUAGCUGCCAGUAACUUACUGUAGAUUUUACAUUUAUGUUAUUUACUGGCUACAGUUUGUUUAAAGUUAAAUGAACAUGAAAAUUUUUUAGUCUUUAUCUUCUACAGUAAGUUACUGGCAACCAGCUGCAUAAUUACAGCUAAUUUUUUACAGUGUAGCUAUACAUUAAUUUUACACAGUAACGUUCGCUCAGUGUAGUAGUCGAUACGCUUUAGUUAUGAUUUGAACUAAAGUAAUUUACUAUGCUUGUUUUCAGAAAUAAUCUACUCUAGGGGGACUCUGUUGUUAUUGAUUCUUUGUGGAAGUCUAACGGAAGUUGACAAAGAAUGCAUUGAAAUAAUAUUUUAAAUUGUUCUCUGAAAUCUACAUAGUUUGUUAUGUGAGUUUAUCAAACAGACAGUUCACCCAAAAAUGAAAUUCUGUCAUCAUUUACUCACUGUCAUGUGAUUACAAACCUGCAUAAAUUUAUUUGUUUUGAUGAUUUUUA